AAAUCUUAUCAUUUCGUAUGUAACCCUUCUCCAAACAUAUUUGUCACAAUAAAUUCGUAACCUCUUCUCCGACCACCCUCGUUAAGCAGACUCCAUCUCCAUAGGAGAGUCUUGGUAAAGCUUGGCACAUAAAACAGAACUCGCAACUCAUUUCGCCACUUCUGCCAUGAAUUUUGAAUGAGAGCUUAACCGGGAAAACUAUGGCGUCUCGGUUCUCAUAUUUCCAGCUGCACAGACGCCUCUAUACAACCACCACCGAUCAAUGGAGUAUCAAGCAAGUUCGCAAUUCCAACUUCCAUGGCUGCUUGGGGGACCUGAAGAACCAUAUCUCCGAUUCCGACUUCAUCGCAUUUUUUCUUCAGAGAACGGGUUCUUCUUCUUUCCCUUGGCACCGCCCUCAGCCCUUCGACACUCUCGAUACCGCUUAUUGCAAGGCCAAGUACGCCGCCGAGAAGUUUCAGAUCCUUCAGUUUUCUCUCUGUCCUUUCUCUGUUAGAGAUUCCAAGCUAAUCGCCCAUCCGUACAACUUUCAUUUGUUCCCCAGAGAUGAACUGAACAUUGGGAUGCCUUCUUACAGUUUUUCAUGUCAAGUUUCACAUCUAACAUCCAUAGCUCGUGAAGAUUUUGACUUUGGUGCUUGGGUAUAUGAUGGUAAGCCUAAUUGUGGACAAUUUACUUCUGUUUCACCCUCACUAAUAGAGGAGAAAUUCUAAAACCCAGAUUUCCAAUCCCUAAACCACCUUCCUUCCAAGGUUUCAGCAAGAGCAGAGGUUGAAUUUGAGAGGCAUUCUUUAGAAAGAAAACAGUAUCUUUGACCCUUGAAAUUUUGUUCCCAUUAUCAAGCUCAAGAGAAGAACUUAGGUUCUUAAGUCUCCUAAAAUGAAAAUAAGAUGUCUCACGAUUACGUUCACUAAUCCAAUCUAUCUUGGACUACAUUUUGUACAUCUCUUCUGUUCGAAUAAGAAUCUCAGAAUCCCCCUUCAAUCUGAUUAACUCUUCCCAUGCUACACGCAAAAUCCUCACAGACUCCAAGUCAUGUAAAAUGUUUAUCUUAUUAAUUAUCUUCUAUUUUUUAGUGAAAGAACUUUUGAAGACCCUCAGGUUCCAGCCUCUAGGCUUGAACUUUAGGGACUCCAAUCUUAUUGUAAACCCAAGUACCUCCCAUCUCCCAACCAUAUCAGCUGACCAUUAGUCGAGCUUGGAAGACUUGAAAAAAGUAUGCUUUAUUCACACACUCCAAAUAUGAAACGACAAGGUCCCUAUCUUGUAUCUGAGAACUUACAAAACGACCUGUUGUUGGUCAGAUUCAACUAUGGAUGGGACUCCAAUGGCUUGAUAUCCUCCACGAAAUUUUUUUCUGCCCUUUAAGAGCAAAAACGUAUCUACCUGGCAAGAAAUGGGAUUAAUACACAAAUUGGAUAAAGUAAUCUGACAGCAUGAGGGGAGGAUAAAAUAGAAUAUACUCUUCAAGAUACUUUUGGUAAAAUUGCAUCAGUCUAGAUGAUUUGACUUCUCAAGAUUUCUUUAGACAAAACUCUCAUCACCAAAAUUUCCAACCACAUACCAGCUAGAUUCACUAUUACAAAUGCUGAAGGUGCCACUCAAGUCUUCCUACAAAUCAUCUUUUUGAGAUUGUAGCAGUAGUACAUUUGAACGCCAAUCUUCCAAAUUUUAGUUGGAUCUGCUUGUUUCGAGUAGUUUUUAUCAACCUAAAUAUUAUUUAUCGCUUUCUAGCUGCUUUAUCUCUUGAUUUUUGGAAAAAAUUAAACCUUUGUUUUAUCUUUAUACUGAAUCUAUGAAGUAUCAUCUAUAUUGCACUUUGACUUCUAA